AUGCGGUGCUUGAUCGUCACUCAGGACGCGAGUAUCAUUAUUGGACGUGCUGGUGUGCACGUCAACGAGAUCAGAGAGAAGAGCAGUGCCCGAGUGAAUGUAUCCGAAUCUAUUCCUGGAAACCCCGAACGCAUCCUCAGUGUCUCUGGACAACUCGACGCGGUUGCCAAGGCAUUCGGUCUGAUAGUCCGCCGCAUCAACGACGAACCCUUUGACGUCGCCUCCGUCCCUGGCUCACGAGCCGUCACCAUCAAAUUCAUCAUCCCCAACUCCCGCAUGGGUAGCGUUAUCGGUAAAGCCGGAAGCAAGAUCAAGGAGAUUCAGGAAGCCAGCGGUGCUCGUCUGAAUGCUUCUGAAGCUAUGCUCCCCGGAUCCACCGAGCGUGUCCUUUCCGUUUCUGGCGUAGCCGACGCCGUCCAUAUUGCCGUCUACUACAUCGGCACCAUCCUCCUCGAAUAUCAAGACCGGAACCCCGGCGCCGCAUCAGGCCAGUACAAGCAGUCAGGCGGAUCUAGAAAUGGGGAUGGCGGUGGUGGUUCGAGGUCAAGCUAUGGCGGGCCAUCAGGGGGCGCAGGUGGGGGAGGUUCUUCGUAUGUGCCGGGCCAACCGGUUCCGGGCGCACAUACGCAACAGAUCUUCAUCCCUAACGCGUUGGUCGGAGCUAUCAUCGGAAAGGCAGGAGCGAAGAUCAACGAGAUUCGCGCGCAAUCACAGUGUCAGAUCAGAGUGGCGGACCCGGGGACACCGGCUCAGCCUGGUCAGCCCGCCAACCCCGAGGAACGGCUCGUGACGAUAACGGGUCACCCUUCGUCCAUCAACAUUGCGGUACAGAUGCUGUACCAGCGACUGGAAGCGGAGAAGUCUAAAGCCCAGAUGGGGCAAUAG